CUGGUGUGUAAAUAAAAGAUUACACGGAUGUGUUUAAAAAAAAUUAUAUGUGUAAAAUUUAGGAAAGAGAGAGUAUGGAUCGCGACAACACCGUAAAAAGAGAAAACAACCCAAGAGCAACGGCAAAUAUUUUCUCAUUGGUGACAUUUUUUUACACUCUAAAAAUUUACAUAAAAGGGUUCACCAAAGGUCUGGGUAUCAACGACGUCUACGAAGUCUUGCCCGAUUCACAAUCAGAAAAAUUGUGCCAAAAAUUGAACCACUAUUGGGAAAAAGAACAAAAGACCAGAGACUCACCAUCUAUAUGUCGCGCUGUGUUUUUUUGUUUUGGAAGAACGUUUUUUCUCGUAGGAGUUAUUCAGUUUGUUGCAGAGACCAUUAAAACCGUUUGGUCACCACACGCUCUUUCCAAACUCAUCUCUUACUUUAGUCCUGGCCAAACUGACUUGACAAAGCAAGAUGCUAUUUAUUAUGGCUGUUUGGUUGUUGGAAUCAACUUAACAAUGUCACUAGUGAGAUCUAAUUUUGAUCUGAUUUUGGCAGCUCUUUCACUAAAAGCAAGAGCUGCUGUUUCUUCACUGCUUUACCGAAAAUCGCUGAAAGUGAGUUUUGAGUCUUUCUCGGACGUGACAGCCGGGAAAAUCGUGACUAUUUUAUCAAAGGACACCGACGUUUUAGAAAACUUGUUUCGUUCAGGAAAUGGCGUAUGGAUAGCUAUGAUACAAACUUGUGUCAUCUGCAUUUUAAUUUAUCAAAAAAUAGGAGUUGCUUCCUUUGCUGGAAUAACAUUUUUCGUGGUGGUUUUCCCCCUUCAAGUAUAUAUCGGAACGUUAACCUACAGGUACAAACUGAAAUGUAGUCAAAAGACAGACGAGCGUUUGAAUUUAAUUCGAGACGUUCUGUCGGCAAUUAAGAUCAUCAAAAUGUACACUUGGGAAAAAUUUUUCGAAGACAAAAUCCACGAUGCCAGAAAAAAAGAAAUAAGGAAACUGCACAAGUUGUUUUACACCAAAGUUUGGAUAACCGUAAUUGGUAGUCUUUGCUCAAAAACUGCUUUCUUUUUGUUUGUAAUGACUUACGUAUGGAUGGGUCACAACGUGUCGGCCGAAAUUGUCUACUAUAUUGUGAGUUGUUUUAACGAUUUGGAAACUUCACUUAGUAAUGACAUACCUUCCGGAUUUUCUCAAUUUGCUCAAACAUUUGCAACGGCUACAAGAAUUGAAAGUGUAAUGAAAGCACCAGAAUUACCAACCAAAGAGACAAUAACUGAUUCAAAGGAAGCCAAAGUUUGUUUGAACAAUGUAGAUGUCACCAUUUACGAUACUAAAAUUUUGGAAAACAUAUCGUUGGUUAUUAGUGACGGUCUUAAUGUUGUUGUUGGUCAUACUGGUAGUGGAAAAACCACACUUUUGAAAACCAUUUUGGGAGAGUGUCAAACUACAGGAAAGAUUAAAGUUUGUGGAAAAAUUUCUUACGCAUCACAAGAACCUUGGCUCUUUCCUUCCACCAUCAAAAACAACAUCCUGUUUGGAGAAGAAUUCAACCAAAACCGCUAUCACCAAAUUCUCGAAAUUUGUAGUCUAGAUUACGACUUAGAUUUGCUGCCUGAAGGUGAAAACACAGUUGUGGGAGAAAGUGGUAUCAAUCUGAGCAAAGGCCAACAAGCUAGAAUAAAUCUAGCACGAGCUUUAUACAGAAAGAGCGACAUAUACUUACUGGAUGAUUGUCUUGCUUCCCUUGAUGGUAGUGUAAGUGACAGCGUUUUCCAAAAAUCCAUUUGCGAGUUUCUCAACGACAAGAUACGCAUUUUUGUGACCAGUAGCACCGAUUAUGCACAAAGGGCAGAUAAAGUCAUUGUUGUGAAUUCGAAAUGUGUUAAAUUCGGCGACGAUGUCGACAAGACUCAAGUUUCAUAUACAUUUGACAACAUAGAUGGAUCUGCUAGAUUAAAAUCGACGGAAACUCAUGAAGAGGAUUCUUUGGAAAAACAAAUCUACCACGAGAAGAAAAAGUCUGGAGUAGUUCCUCUGAAUGAUUAUCUCAGCUACGUAAAGCAUGGUGGAGGUCCUAUACUGUUUAUUUUGAUAGUGUCCCUUUUUGUUUUGAGCCAAUAUGCGACUAGCUACAGCGACAAACUUUUGAGUAGUUGGAUUACUCUAGAACAAAAUUUAACAAAUUUGAAAGAACUAAAUGAAACUGAUAAUCUAGAGUAUGAUAAUCUUUACAUAGAGAGACAACAUCAGUUGGGACUUUAUACUACAAUCGUCCUUAUGUCUAUUCUUCUCGUUGUGGUCAAGUCCUUUUCGUACUUCCAUUUUGUCCGGAUGGCAUCCAUCAGCAUCCAUAAAGCUAUGGUUCGCAAUAUCAUGAACAGUACCAUGAAAUUUUUUGAUACAUUUUUUAUUGGCAAUGUUUUAAAUCGGUUUACCAAGGAUUUUGUUACUGUGGAUGAUACUUUGCCUUUUGUAGCUAUGGAUUGUUUUACGAUGAUUUUUACUGUAUCAGGGGGAAUAAUACUUCUGACUACAGUUAAUUACAUAUUUCUUGUCGAGAGUCUUGUCCUACUGGUCGUUGCUUGCUUAAUAAAGCAGUUUUGUCAGCCCACAGGUCGUAAUUUGGAACGCCUUCAUGUUAUAUCAAGAAGUCCUUUAACGGGUCACUUAAACUCGACUUUGGAAGGUCUAACAACAAUAAGAGCAAGCAAUACCCAAGAAAUCGUCAUACAUGAAUUUGACAGACACCACGACCUAUUUACUUCCGCACUUUUGAUGGUAAUCACCAAUUUCAUCGCACUGGGUGUCUUCCUACAAUAUAUUUCUACAAUUUUCACCGCAUUGAUAAUUUUCCAAUUUCUACUCACAGACGCUGGUACCAGCGUUGGUGAUGUUGGUCUAGCCAUAACCCAGUCAUUCGUUAUUACCAGUAUAAUCAAAUCAGGAAUCACUAGUAUCGCAGAUUGUGAAAACCUAAUGGUUUCAGUUGAAAGAGUUUUGGAAUUUACGAAACUGGAAGAAGAGGAUAAAGGUGGCAAAAAUUUGAGCGGUUGGCCAGAACUUGGUUCGAUAAGUUUCAACGACGUUUCUCUAACUUACAAUGACACCAAGAUGUUAAGAAACAUCAAUUUUGACGUAAACGCGAAAGAGAAAGUUGGUAUUAUCGGUCGAACUGGCGCUGGAAAAUCAUCCAUAAUCACAAGCCUAUUUCGCAUUUACCAAACACACGGAAAAAUCACCAUAGAUGAAGUCGAUAUUAACGACGUUUCUUUAAAGUGGCUUCGAUCAAACAUUUCACUCAUCCCUCAAGACCCUUACUUGUUUCCAGGAAGCAUACGAGAAAAUUUAGAUCCUAUGAAGCAAUAUACGGACGAAGAGAUAUGGAAAGUCCUAAAGGAACUACAUCUAGAUGCUGUAAUUAAAGAGUUGGGUACUAGAGUCGACAAAGGAACUACUUUCAGUACUGGUCAGAAGCAGCUGUUGUGUUUUGCACGUGUGAUCCUUCGCAAAAACAAGAUCGUGAUUCUUGACGAAGUGACAGCCAAUGUCGAUAAAGAAACAGAAGUGUUGAUUGAAGAAAUAGUUCAAAAACACUUUAAAGAGUGCACUAUGUUGAUUGUUGCUCAUAAAUCCUUAGCUGUUUCAAACUGUUCCAAAAUAAUUGUACUCAGUAAUGGUAGGAUAAGCGAAUUUGAUGACCGAGGUGCACUAUUACAAAAUAAAAGUAGUUCCAUUCGUUAUAUAAGUAGAUAG